GAGAAUCCAAACAAAUGUCAAAAUUAAAAGAAAUCAUAGAUUUGUCAUCGCAUUUUUGACGUAAACGUACAAUUAAGAGCGAGCUUAUAAUUUUUUAACGAAAAAUGGCAACUGAAGUUGAGGAAACCAUCAAGCGGAUUCAGGCCCAUAAAGGGGUAAUGGGAGUGAUCAUUGUAAACCACGAAGGCAUUCCGAUCAAAAGCUCUUUGGAUAAUGCAACUUCAGUGCUGUAUUCCGGUCUCAUUGGGCAGCUCACAGAGAAAGCUAAGAAUGUUGUCAGGGAGAUGGACUCCUCAAACGACUUGACAUUCCUGCGCGUGAGGAGUAAACGCCAUGAGAUCCUGAUCGCUCCAGACCGUGAAUUCAUACUCAUUGUCAUACAAAACACAUCAGACUAAUCAAUUAAUAGUUAUAAGUGUAAAGUGAUGGUCAUAUUUUUUUUACUUUACUGGUUUAUUGUAGCUACUUUACUUAAAAAUUGGUCCGAGUCAGUGGUGUAGGGGCCCACGGCUUCACGAAGCCAAACCUUUUUAUUACCAUGGAAAAACACAUUGAAAAGGGCCUCACAGAUGUGGUUUCACUAAGGCUAGAUUAGUUCCCGCUACGCCACUGGUCAGAAUCGCAAUAAAUUGGUCUAUAGCCCUGUGUGUAUACAUAAUUUUGAUAUAGAUUUCAUAUCAAUUUCAUGAUUUUAUAGAUGAAUAUCACAGAGAGAUCAGUGUCAUAAUCCUUAGGUGUCACCAUUUUAGCGAUAAUUUCAAACUAACCAACGCACUAGAGAGUUUCCCAUGCUUAGAUGAAAAAAUAUGAUAACAACCAAGUAAAAAGUAAUGUUCUUUCAAAAUAAGUUAGUAAACUGUUUCUCAUUCUCAUGUUUUAUCAUACUCUACAUGGUUUGUUCACUUUCACCAUAAUGUAUAAGCUGAAAAACUUUAAUUUUGACUAGAUAAAUGCAUAAUUUAAGCUUACAAGUAUAUAGAUUUUAAGUUUAAUGAAAUUAUUUUUAUUUAUUUACGGCUUGAUAUAAAAGUUAUGUUAUAUUUAUAAGAUUAAGAACACAUUUCCAAUGUUAACAAGAACAUCUCUGAAUUCCUAUCAAUCAUUUUUUUGUUUUAAUAAGGUGCGUCCAGAUCUUGCGAAUGCGCCAGUUUGCUAGUCUUGUUUUAACUGCUAUUUUUGGCACCAAAUCAACAUCCUCGCAGAGUAAAAAUGCAUAGAGCCGGUCAUCUCACUCGCUGUCUAACUCGUGUAGUGGCUUUAGUUUUCAUACUUCAACGACACUACCGGCAAGCUUGUUUCGGCCUCACGGUAGCAAGGGUUACGUAAUACGAUUUUAAGUGUGCGAGCGAUUCGCGAAUGGAGCACUAUCGGCGCCUUGGAGGAUUUAAUCCUUUGAACGCCAAGAGCCAUUAAAGUGGUCGUGUUGUGCUGUCGUGCCUACCACGCCAACGACGGUCAUGGCAGACGCUGUCAAAACAAUUUUACUGUUGACAGAUAAGGUUUAAAUUAGUUUCUCACUAGUUUAGAUGUUGGCGUGUAUGCCACAUUUUGAUGAAAGCGUUAAUAAGGUUAACUGGAGACAUCUUGUCUCACUUGUGUGCAAUUUUCUGUACAAAACAGUCGCCGAUUUUUACGUUCGAAUUAAGUGCGACAGAGAGGCAACUCGAAAGUGGUUCGCGAGGCCCUCAGAUGGACGCACCUACACAAUAAUCAUUGUUAAAGCUUUUGAAGAUAUAAUGGUAUAUUUGCGCAAGGCACUAACGUUGUAACGACUGUAUUAUUAUAUGAAAAAAUCUUAAUAAAGCACUUUUAUAUGCAA